AUGUUCCACCUUGAUAGCCCAGCACUCAAGGGCGACAACGGAGGCCCCGAUGCCAAGUCUAUCCUCCGGCAGCAGAACCACGAGCUUGCGGUGGACAUGCGCCGAAGAAAGCGACAGGAGGCCGAGCUGGAGAAGAAGCUUGCCCAGGCUUGGGCUCGGCAGGGGCACUUCGAUGCGACGCUGUCGGCCGUAAAUCGCGCAUGGCGUCAGGUGCUGUCGGACCUCAGCACGGCAGCCGGUGAACUGGGGCUAGGCCCUCGACCUCUGAACGUGAGCGUAGCUCCCGGUGGUGAUGACAAGGACGAUGAUGACGACGAUGACGAAAACAAGGAGGAAGGGGAAGUGAUCAUGGUCAGCGUGAAGGACGGACUCUCAGGCGAGACUUUUCUUCUUUUUUUUUCGCAGAGCGACACGCCACAUUCACACUACAUCAUGGAUGCCAAUACGUCAGAUGCGCUCAGGCCGUCGAGUCACAGAGUACUGCUGCCGACGCAGUGGACUCCGGUGCCAGUGGAGGGGCGAGAACCGGCUUCCGAGCUGUCCAUCAUGCAGAAGCUGAUCAUGCCUGCUGCGGAGAUCCUCGCCAUGGAUGCCACGGAGUUUUCCUGCGGAGAUCGCUUGCUCAAGGGGAUGGGGAAGAAGCCCGAAAAGAGCGAGGAGGCGGCCAGUGCCCGAGAACGUCUCGCAGGCAUGGCCGGCACCAGCAACGCCUUCUACGACCUCGACACCGACGGUUACGGCCUCAAGAGCCGGGAGAGCGUCAAGGCGGAGGCAGCGGCCGACAUAGCGGAGCUGGACAAGGCCCUCAAGGAGAAGGCGAGGUUCACCGGCGAGCUGGCGGGGAGGCUGUUUCAGGCACUGCAGGCUCACCUGAUGGCACUGCCGCCCGAGUCGCGGAGGGACACUCUUGACAAGGCGCAGCUGGAGAUGGUGGGCAAGAAGAAGAGACUGGAGGCGGAGAGGGAUUUCCUCAGCGAUGAGCUGACGCAGGUGGGUGGUGGUCUCGGGGCGUGGCAGAAGAAGUUUGGCUGUCGCUGA